AUGGCUGCCAUUGUUAUCCAAUCAAUCAUUAUUUCUACUCUCCUCUACUUCUUCCUCAGCCUCCUCAUCAAAAGCCCAAUUGGUUGUGAGGCUGAGAACAUCUUAUACACAAACGAAGCUCUCAAUAAUGGCGACUCUCUCCAAUAUGAUAGCUAUAAAUUCAAAAUGCAAAAGGACUGUAACCUGGUCCUCAGUGAUGCCGCCAUAUGGGCCUCUAAUACUGACGAAAAGGGCGAAAAUUGCUAUUGUCGGAUGCAAUCCGAUGGGAAUCUUGUGAUCUAUGAACCAGGUGAACCCGAUCGUGCAAUCUGGGCCACCAACACCUGUCGUGACUCUGGUAACUAUGCUCUUAUACUUCAGGACGGCAACUUAGUUAUCUACGGCAGUUCAAUUUGGGCUACCGGCACCACGGCACAGAAUGGUGCAAUCACUUGGUUGGGGGUAAUCGGGUCAGAUGGACCAAAAGGUAGCAUUUGCACCCGUUAG